ACGCGGAGCCGCCGAGCCGCGAGGACGCCCUGCAGCGGAGCGGGCGCCCCCUGCCCUCUGGGGGGGCGGUGGGCCGGCGCCCCCGCCGCCCUCGCUCGGCUCCCUGCGCUCUCCCGCCGACUCUCCCGCAGGUCCCGGAGCGCUGCCCGCCGAGGGGAGCGGCGGGGCCGGAGCGAUGCGGCAGCUGUGCCGGGGCCGCGUGCUGGGCAUCUCGGUGGCCAUCGCGCACGGGGUCUUCUCGGGCUCCCUCAACAUCCUGCUCAAGUUCCUCAUCAGUCGCUACCAGUUUUCCUUCCUGACCCUGGUGCAGUGCCUGACCAGCUCCACGGCGGCGCUGAGCCUGGAGCUGCUGCGGCGCCUCGGGCUCGUCGCCAUGCCCCCCUUCGGCCUGAGCCUGGCGCGCUCCUUCGCGGGGGUCGCAGUGCUCUCCACGCUGCAGUCCAGCCUCACGCUCUGGUCGCUGCGCGGCCUCAGCCUGCCCAUGUACGUGGUCUUCAAGCGCUGCCUGCCCCUGGUCACCAUGCUCAUCGGCGUGCUGGUGCUCAAGAACGGCGCGCCCUCGCCCGGGGUGCUCGCGGCCGUGCUCAUCACCACCUGCGGCGCCGCCCUGGCAGGAGCCGGUGACCUGACAGGCGACCCCAUCGGGUACGUAACGGGCGUGUUGGCGGUGCUGGUGCACGCGGCCUACCUGGUGCUCAUCCAGAAGGCGAGCGCCGACACCGAGCACGGGCCGCUCACCGCGCAGUACGUCAUCGCUGUCUCAGCCACCCCGCUGCUGGUCGUUUUCUCCUUCGCCAGUACCGACUCCAUCCACGCUUGGGCCUUCCCCGGCUGGAAGGAUCCCGCCAUGGUGUGCAUCUUCGUGGCCUGCAUCCUGAUCGGCUGCGCGAUGAACUUCACCACGCUGCACUGCACCUACAUCAACUCGGCGGUGACCACCAGCUUUGUGGGCGUGGUGAAGAGCAUCGCCACCAUCACGGUGGGCAUGGUAGCCUUCAGCGACGUGGAGCCCACCUCGCUGUUUAUUGCUGGUGUGGUGGUGAACACCUUGGGCUCCAUCAUUUAUUGUGUGGCCAAAUUCAUGGAGACCAGAAAGCAAAGUAACUACGAGGACCUGGAGACACAGCCCGGGGAAGCCGAGGCGCAGCCAAGUGGAGACCAGCUGCCGUUUGUCAUGGAGGCGCUGUCUGGGGAGGGUGGGAAUGGCAGGUCAGAAGGUGGAGAGGCAGCACGUGGCUCCACUCAGCAGGGUGGGCAGGAGGCGAGGGGCUUCCCUAGAGGAACCCCGCUGGUGGCCAAGAGCUUGCAGAGCACAGUCGACCCAGAAGAAAUGAGCAAGAGGUCCUUAAAGGAUGCUUACCUCGAAGUGUGGAGAUUAGUUAGGGGCACCAAGUAUAUGAAGAAGGAUUAUUUGAUAGAAAACGAGGAGUUACCCAGUCCUUGAAAAGGAAGUGCAUGUACCUACAUAUGUACAUACACUCAUUUUAUGUUGGAUAAGAUAAGUCUUAAUGAGGGUCCAUCCAGUUCUAUUCUUUGAGGACUAGGAAAGGGAAGCAAAGAAAGAAGCUGAAGGGACUGACUGAUAGAGAGUAACAAAAAGAGGAGGUGUGUGAAUUAGUAUGAUUUUACCUGAGGCAUCACAGAGACAGAAGAAUGGGAAGGUGCUUACCAACCAGGGCAGUGGUUUCAGCUUCAGACUCCUGGCACAUUUAUUUCCUGUCUUUAUAACCUUAAC